UUUGAGUUGCUGGUGUUUAUUUAAGUUGGGUUUUUUCCUCUGGACGAGAGGUGGAGUAUCAUCAAAUCACAGGGGUAAAUCUUGCAUUCAGCACAUGAACAGAACUGUCCUUUGGGAGAAAUGAUGCCUUCAUAGGCAAGGCAGGUGCUUAUAUCAAUGGAACCGUCUUCCAAUCAGAACUGCAUUACUGGCAACCUCUCCAUAAGAUUCUGUGGAAAUAGGAUAUCUGUUUGGUAUAGCUAUACAAUUUGGGGUUAUAAGUAACAUAAUUUUAAAGUAAUUGUGAUCCUAUUCAGUUAGAAUAUUUUCUCCCCUCUCUGGGAUAAAACAUUGAAAAAAACCUUACUGAAAGUGUGUACUGUCUUUUUUUUUCUUUUUUUUUUUUUUUCUUUUUUUUUUCUUUUUUUUUUCCCUCUAGAGCUGUGUGAAGAAAGUCUUCAGCCAUGGAUGUGUUCAUGAAAGGGCUUUCCAAGGCAAAGGAGGGAGUCGUAGCAGCAGCAGAAAAAACCAAGCAGGGUGUGGCAGAGGCAGCAGGAAAGACGAAAGAAGGAGUCCUCUAUGUGGGAUCCAGGACCAAGGAAGGAGUUGUUCAUGGUGUUACAACAGUGGCUGAGAAAACCAAAGAGCAGGUGUCUAAUGUUGGGGGAGCUGUGGUGACAGGAGUGACGGCGGUGGCACAAAAGACAGUGGAAGGAGCAGGAAACAUCGCUGCAGCCACUGGCUUGGUGAAGAAGGAUCAGUUGGCCAAACAGGACCAAGGCUAUGAUUUCACCAUGGUUCACCACAGGAAUGAAGAAGGUUUCCUGCAAGAGGGAAUGGUGAAUAAUACAGGUGCUCCUGUGGAUCCUGAGAACGAGGCUUACGAGAUGCCUCCAGAGGAAGAGUAUCAAGACUAUGAACCUGAAGCAUGA